AUGCUCGAAGCCGCAGGCGGGGAGGAUGGCGACACAACGCUAGACACCGUGACGGCUGGCGGACAUCAACAAUCCGAACAGGCACAAAGUGGUGAUCCGCAGCGUUUUCGGUCCCCUCGGGUGGACCAAAUGCAACCUGAGCAGAUGCGAGUCUCGAAUUCCCAACAGCACGAAGACACAAGCAUUUCCAGAAGCACCGCCAAUGAUGGUUCAAAUUGCCAGCGCGUAGACCAGACUCAAGGCGUGUCCGAAACGACGAGGUCUUCAAACAACAUGUACUCUCGAAUGAACAAUUUCGACUCCUCCCAAUUCAAUGUGUCCAUGUCAGACGCACAUCUGAUGCACCUCGACCCCGCUGGGACGUCAAACCAGCGUUACACCAAUACUUCGACCACGGAAGCCUUCGCCGAUGUGAGCAAUCUCGACCCCUGGGGACCGGCACGGUCGUUGAAUAAUACCACUCAAGGGCAGAACAUGAGCGCAAAUAAUUCAACGCUGAGUGUUUUUGGUGUCAACAACUCCCAGGCCGCUCCACUAUCCGGCUUAACACAAUCUUUGUCGGGGGGUCCUGCGUUUAUGUCAGCAGCGGGCCAGUCGAUGACAAUGCCCGAACUACCUAGUGCGAUGUUUGACGACGACCUCACAUUUCUAGAAGACAUUCUCCUACCAGAUUUUAUCGGCAAUGUCACUGGAUUCACGACCCCGAUGUACGUGGAUUUCGACCCAACAGCCGGACAGCCUACUCCUCCAACGAGUGCACCCGAUAUUUCCGAGCCUCGUCUAUUCUUACCAAGUUUUCCAUCCUCCGAGAGACCCUCAGAAGCCAGACAUUCUGCCUUCGAUAUCAGUCCCGGAGACGUAGCUCAGUUCCAGAAAGACAUCGCUGGUACCGGACAAUUGAACAACUUUCCGUUUCCCCGGCGUUCUCGCAUUUUCCGGUGUCUUUCGGCCUAUUUCGACCAUGUCGACCCCCAUGUGCCGAUUGUUCAACAUGCUACCUUCAGCUUUUGUGGCACGGCCCCAGCAUUGGUUCUCGCGAUGCUUGCAAUGGGUGCUACCAUUACGUCCGAGUACCAAUUUGCUGAGUCGGCGUAUGAAGCAGCCUGUAAGCUGCUCGACCACAAGAUGAAGCAAAACACUCGCGCAUCUCCGUCGUUCGAAUUCUGGCCGAUCCAGGCUUCGUUGCUCUGUGCACAAUUUGGGGCAUUCAGCGAUAACAAGGCCUUUGCCCAGCGCUCACAGACGCAACUCAGCAAUGUCUCGGGGAUGUUGAAGCUUGGUCUGAAUGACUUGGCUGCAAAACGGUCGGAGCCCAGACAAGACUGGAAAAGUUGGUCAUUCAUCGAAACUUUCAGUCGUGCAGCUUCAUGGAGCUGUUCACUGAGUGCUAUCCUGCUUGCGUAUGAUCACACCUUUCACAUCAGUACUCAACACUACUUGCAGUAUGUGCCGUUACCAUCCGAUGAAGAUCUUUGGAGGGCUCGUUCAGCACACGAAUGGUCCUCGGUAGGCGGAGCUCAGCAACAGGACAGUCAUGUCAGCUUUUUGACUUUUGCCGAAUCGCUAUUCAAUGGACAGCCAAUCCUCGAGAAAGUGAGCUGCUUCGGCUUGUUCUCGCUCGUUGGGUGGAUGCUCCUGUAUAUAUGCAACCAUGAGAGGAUGAAGAUGUCCGUCGGAUCUCUUGAUUUGUUCGAGACUGAUUUCACGACCAAGAUCAACAAAGGUCUCGAGGCCUGGGAAACCUUGACACGCCGUCAUUUGCGGACUGGCCAAGUCAUGUUUAAGCAGCUCAACCCGCUGAUCUCUGACAGCUUCCCACUUCUAGGAUCGGCGUAUUAUCAUCUCCACGUGGGCGAUGAAUUGCGCGCUUUGAAAGAAAUUGCUGGCGAGCAGGCAAUGGGUGCUGGAACAUCAGGCCCACAGACGUUCCCAGCGUUCAGCUCACGACUUCCGGUGUACAAAGCUGUCCGCUACGCUGCAAAUUCAUGUCUCGUGCGUGCAAAGCUGGGUAUCAGCCACUUUCAACAAUCACCUGAUGUGUACGGUGCCCACGGAGCAAUAGGCGCAUUUGAAGCAGCUCUUAUUUUGUCGUGGUGGCUCACGGUAGGCCAGUCUGUGCAAACUCCCCAGGGACUGUCGGACGACAAUACCGUUCCGGGCAGGGCAUUGAAGGAAGUAUCGACAGAGGUCUUUGAGGAGCUCGAAGAUCAAGACAUCUCUUGCAAAGACGAGAUCGCUCGUGCGUUGGCCCCGUUGAGUUUCUGCCGUCAUGCCAUGGCAAAAUGCGUCUUCAAAUACUCGAAGCUUCUCAGACAAGCGCUUGACAACAUGCACGCACAGGUGGACCGUCGCCCAUUCCGGGGUCUUUCCGCACUAGCGGCCCUUAAUCCGCCCGGCCUAUACUUAUACUAUUGGUCACCUAUCACGCGUAUGGUUCCUUUUGCAUCUAGGUCAUCAUCGAAGAUCAAGCUCCUGUCCAUUUUGAAAAUGAUCCAUGGGUCCGAGGUCGCAAAGCACAACUCUCGUCGGUCCUGCUGGGUCAUUGUAAAGGGCAACGUCUACGACAUUACCGAGUAUCUCGACCAGCACCCUGGAGGCUCGGCCAUUUUGCUACGGUAUGGCGGCAAGGAUGCUACAGCCAUCUACGAACCAAAUCAUCCUGAAGGCACGAUUGAGAAUGGUCUCCCGGAGGAUAAGCAUCUCGGGCCUAUAGAUCCCUCAACCGUCCCCACCAUUGAUGUAUCUCCGCCUCAGGACGUCCGCGAUCCACAAACGACUGCCAAACUUCCUCUUUCUCACUGUGUCAACCUCGACGAUAUCGAAGUGGCUGCACAGGGCAUCAUAGCUCGUAAUGCCUGGACAUACAUCCAUUCCGCCGCCGACAGUCUAGGCUCGCUCACCAACAAUCGAGAGGAUUGGAAAAAGGUUACGCUACGGCCCAGGAUCAUGCGUAACGUCCAGCAUAUCAGUAUGGAGCGGACGAUGCUUGGUCAGAAGAGUCGUCUGCCCUUCUUCAUUGCACCUGCAGCGCGUGCAAAGCUGGUCCAUAACGAUGGUGAACUCUGUCUCGCCCGAGGCGCUGCUAGGACUGGGAUUCACUACUGUACCAGUACCUACUCGACAAUCCGGCAUGCCGACCUAGUCAAGUGUAUGGUCUCGGAGAGGGCUUCGAGUCCGUACGGCUCACUCUUCUUCCAACUUUAUAUGCAGCCUGAUAAAUCUCGGACGGUCGAGCUGAUAACCAUGGCUCGAGAACUCGGCUUCACAGCGCUGGUUGUCACGGUUGACACACCCGUUGUGGGGAAACGGGAGGAAGACGAACGCUAUCGUGCCGAGACGGCCGCAGUAUCAGUUCACGAUACCUUUCUGGUGAUUGACGGAAUUGGUCCCAAGAAAAGCGAAGGUACGCCGCCUCCACGCGGAUCCCACUCGACGACUCUCAACUGGGAGGAUCUGGCAUGGAUCCGAGAAUCGUGGGGCAAUCAUGGCCCCAUUGUACUCAAGGGGAUUCAAACCGCCGAGGAUGCAGCCUUAGCUGCUGAGUACGGCGUCGACGGUAUCUACCUCAGUAACCAUGGAGGACGGCAAUGUGACGACGCGCCUAGCGCAAUCCGGACGCUGUUGGAAAUCCGCCGCUUCUAUCCUCAUUUGAUGGGGAAGAUAGAGAUCUAUCUCGACGGCUGGGUUCGUCGAGGCGCAGAUGUGAUCAAGGCCUUGUGUCUCGGUGCAACAGGCGUGGCGGUGGGCAGGCCAUUUAUGUACGCAGCUGCGAUGGGCGACGAGGGUGUUUUGAAGGUCAUACAAUUGCUGAGGGAAGAGAUCGAGAUUACAAUGAGGUGCAUGGGUGUCACGAGCCUUGAUUGCCUCAAUCCAUCCUAUGUCAACACCAAGCGACUCGAAUGGGAAUUGCCUGAUAGCCUCGACUUUGGACCCGAAGGCGACAGGCCUACUGGGCUGAGAGCAAGGCUGUAG